AUGGGGGAUGAUAGCGGCGAAGCGCUCUCGACAGCUGGCCAUUGUGAGCCUCCUCACGUGUUGCCCGCUGCUUUUUCUCUGCAGAAAUUCAAACUUGGGAUGGGAGGGAGGGGGGGAGCGGGGGAGGAGGGGAGGAGGGAUUCCGAAGGAAGGGGGGAUGAUAGUGACGGCGUAUCGCACCCGACAGCUGGCCAUUGGCAUAUCGACAGGCUGUCUCGUCACCGCCUUUCUCUCUCUCCUCGCCAUGCACCAGGUGCGCCCUACUCUCUCUCGUUCGCCAGGUGCGCUGUGCUGCUCUCUUGUUCUGUUCCCAUCUGGUAUGCUCUGUUUCGCCAAUCAACUCUUCCCAAUCCCCAUGCUCCCCCAUCCCCCCAUGCUCCCCCAUCCCCCCAUGCUCCCCCAUCCCCCCAUGCUCCCCCAUCCCCCCAUGCUCCCCCAUCCCCCCAUGCCCCCCCUUCCUUUCAUGCUCCGCAUUCUUGCUUAUCUCCUUCCAACGCCUCACACCCAUGUAACUCCCUUCCUCUCUCGAUCCCUCCUCUUUGGUUUUCCCAUCUCCCUUUCUCUAAUCCUCAAUCCCCCCAUUAUUCCCCUUCUCUCCCACUUCUCUUCCGCAUCUCACACCCUUCUCUCCUGCCUCCCUUUCCUUAUCACUCCUUUCCCCAUUUUCCCUACCUCCGGACCCCCUACCUCCGGACCCCCUACCUCCGGACCCCCUGCCUCCGGAACCCCUGCCACGCCACCCACCCCCCCUGCCACGCCACCCACCCCCCCUGCCACGCCACCCACCCCCCCUGCCCCCGCCCCUCCGCCUCCCCCGCCUGCCUCCGCUCCCUUACCUCCGCCUUCCUGCCUCCCCCCUCUCCCCCCCCCUUCCGCUCCCCACUUCCGCCCCGUCCCCCCUCCUUCAACCCUCCUACUGCUGAGCACGUGACAAGAAUGGCCGCGGAAGACACAGCGGGGGUGGUGCGGGAGGAGGUGGGGCGGCUGGGCGGACAGGUGGAGGAGACUUUUGACUCCCCCCCCCCCUCUCCCUCUUACUACCUCCACCCCCCCCUUACUACCUCCGCCCCCUUGCCUCCCGUCCUUGUCCUACCUCAAAGUUCAAACCCCCCUGCUCCCCUGCCUCCCCCCCUCUCCCCCCUUCCUUACCAGAAGUAUGUAGAACGAAUUGCAGCAGAGAACGUGACAGGGGUGGUGCGGGAGGAGGUGGGCCGGCUGGGCGGGCAGUUGGAAAGCGUGCAGGCGCUGCAGCGCGCCAGAGCCAAGGCCAGAACGUGGCGCCCCCUGCAGGCUGGGCUGGGCGGGCAGUAUGUAGAACGAAUCGCAGCAGAGAACGUGACAGGGGUGGUGAGGGAGGAGGUGGGGCGGCCGGGCGGGCAGUUGGAAAGCGUGCAGGCGCUGCAGCGCGCCAGAGCUGGGGCCAGAGCGUGGCUCCCCAUUCUAUCCCUCUUCUCAUCCCAUUCCCCCUGCCUCCGCACAACCCCUCCAGAGUAUGUAGAACGAAUCGCAGCAGAGAAUGUCACAGGGGUGGUGAGGGAGGAGGUGGGGCGGCUGGGCGGGCAGGUGGAAAACGUGCAGGCCCUGCAGAGGGCCAGAGCCAAGGCGGGCGGCAGCAACGGGAUGGCGGACUUGGGCGGCGACUGGGCGGUGAUGCUGGAGGCGCGGGCACGGGACGCGGAGCAGCGGGCGGCGCAGCUGAAUGAGACGGUGGGGCGGCUCACGGCCGGCAUGCAGAAACAGGCAGCAGAAAUCGCGGCUCUCAAGGUGGGUACAGUGCGGUGUGGUGCGGUCAAGGUGGGUGCAAUGAGACGUUAG